AUGCUUGCCUUGGCUGCCGCAUUUACCUCACCUACAGCCGCAGAGAAGGACUUGCUUACACCAAAGAUAUGUGCGCCGGCAUCAUUGCUGCCAACUUUAGAUCAUCCAGAGCCGUCAUUGGCAAUACCAACGUCAGCUGCAGGGCCUUCCGCUGGAAGAAUAUCGGGAAGGUUUGGGAAGAGGGCUGGUAAUGGCGAAUACUCGUCAAUAGAAAAGGCUCAGCCCGACAAGCGCUCAGGCGCUACCACAACGAGAUCAAACCAGACAUCAACCGCCGACACUGCCGCGUCUCCCUUACCAUCGCCCUUUGAUAACCCUGUCCCCAACGCUUUCCAAGUUCCUGGCAGCGGCGAUUCGUGCCCGAAGUUCAUCGCUGCAUUACUCUCGGAUCCUACAUUCAAAAGUUGCUAUCCUAUUUCCAUGCUUAUUCAGUUGUUUCUCGCGCAACAGACUUCUACUUCAUUCUUCAACGCUCAGAAGGAGCUUGUGAGCAUCGUCAAGGUUCUCGACGCAACAUGUGAUGUUGAUGUCGCCAAGUGUACCGCCUAUAUGACAAAAGCUGCCCAAAAUCUCACUGCAAGCACAAACUGCAAAAGAGAGCUUGACCAGAACCAGACUCAAGUUGUACAAGCCUGGCAGGGCCUACGGGCCUACAACGUUCUCUACUCGGCGACCUGUCUCCAGAACCCUUCAUCAACCUCAUACUGCUUUGCCAACGCCGUUACGAAUCUUUCGAACCCGUCGGAUGCAUUCCUUUACUUUAUGCCCUAUGCGACUCCAUUACCCGGUACCUCAGUGCCAUCCUGCAGUUGGUGCGUACAAAAUACCAUGUUCAUCUAUCAUUCAGCUUCUGCGAACCGAGCCCAGCUCGUCGCCUCAGUAUACCUAGAUGCAGUGAACCAAGUCAACACUAUCUGUGGGCCAAAUUUUGUCAACUCGACUCUACCUGCUGCUGAGAAUGGAGCCUUUACAGCCCUAAUGCCAUCCCAUAUCAGCAUAGCAGCUACUACUCUUUUCACACUUUUUCUCCUCGUAUGGUUCUUGUAA